AUGAAACAACAAAAGGAAACUGUAGGAGCUUGCUCGGUAUUGGCACUCAGUCGCCAAGGUUCGAUGCCGCACACAAAUUAUUCUUCUCCUGAAGAUAUUCAACGAAAAUUCUUGCCUUAUUACAACUCCGACAAUAUGAGUUAUUCUACUUCAAUGAUAGAGCCGCUCUCAAUGUCAGAGGGUAAUUAUUAUUAUUACCCACCACUGUUUUCGUUUGGCCCACCAGCUUCCAACAGUUUAUCCCCUGAUUCUUCUGAAACUUGCUCGGAUUUGGACCUCACCGACAGUUUCACUCCGGCCUCUCCACCUUCGGAUUUUACGAGUCCUUUGACAAUUAAAAUGGAGGCAUCACAUCAGGGUUCAUUACAUCAUGACCAUGACUAUAAUGUCGCAAUGACCUUGGCUAAAGAUAUGCCAAUGAGUCAUUUGUCCCCUUAUUCUACACAAGGACCAAUGAUUCCGCUGGCAGACUGCUUUUCCAUGUCUGCUACUGAAUCACCUUUCGUCGGUGUCAUUCAGUCUCCGGUUACACAAGGGAAAAUUUCAAACACAACCGCCGAUCAAUUGUUUGAAAUGGAUGCUAAGUCAUUUUUUCCUCGUGAACUCACCGCCCUGGACGCCAGAGACUAUUUUGGCACCGAUAAUUCAGCCUCGGAUGCCGCGCGCCGUAAAUCACUUGAUGAGGCUAUCUUUCUCCGCAAGAUUGCUUCAACUCCUGUGAAAUCCGAAGUUGCAUUUCAACAGCACAAUCGCCGCAAAUCUUUACCUGGUGAUUUGACUCAACGUCUUCAUAUUGAAACAUUGUCGUCAUCCACCAAGCAACAAAGAAAAUCUACUAAAUCACUCGCACCCUUCGCAUGUCCUCAUGAGCAUUGCCCGAAAACAUUUACACGGCAAUAUAAUUUAAAGUCACAUCUUCGUACCCAUACAGAUGAGAGACCCUUUGUCUGUAAUUAUCCCGGAUGCCCGCGUGCAUUUGCUCGACAGCACGAUCUCAAACGUCAUCAAAAACUGCAUCUUGGACUAAAACCUCACGUGUGUGGUAACUGUGGUCGUGCCUUUGCUCGAUUGGAUGCCUUGAAUCGCCAUUUGCGAAGUGACAAUGCGACACAAUGCGCUCAAGCUACACUGGCCGGUUCAGCCAAUAAAUUGUUCAAAUCAGUAAACAUAUAG